AUGGAGGAAACAGAUGUAGCUGCACGCCUCAAGACACUGCGCCGUCAGAGAGGAAACAUUCAGCGCCACAUCACGACCUUCACCAAGAAACUUGACGCUUGGAAAGACGAUGAAUCCACUAGAGACUCAGAUUUGUUGGUACAAAGUCUUGAAUCUCUUCAAAAAACCUUCGACAAAUUCGACUCAAUACAGGAUGAGAUCGAAGGGCUCGAGGAGCCCGUCGAUGCAGAAACAGAUCAACGGACAAUUAUGCAGGAACACUACGAUAUUGCUGUCGCACGCGCUCGGAAAUACUUACGCGAAAUUGUCAUAAAUACACCGGAACGUGAUUUAGGUGUAAAAACGCAUGUUUCUACACCCCCUGAAUCACUGAGUGGACAUUCAACACAAGUCAAACUACCAACUAUUUCAUUGCCUGAAUUUGAUGGGUCCUUAGAAGGAUGGGCGUCAUUCUUCGACCUAUUUUCGUCUCUAAUUGAUCAGAACGAAAAGUUAAAUUCUGUGAAAAAACUUUUUUAUUUGAAGUCGGCACUAAAAGGAAAAGCCGCUGAUCUACUGAAAAACGUCUCUACUAUAGAGAGCAAUUAUCAGCUGGCUUUAGACUUAUUGAAAGAUAAGUUUGACUGUCCUCGUCGUGUUGCACGUACACAUUUUUCGAAUCUGCGAGAAUAUCCAAAAUUGCAGAAGGACACGCCUAAAGCCUUGGGUGACCUGGUAGAUGUUUUUAGAGUAAAUUUGCGAGCUUUAAAAAAUCUAGAUGCACCCAUCGAACAUUGGAGCAUUCCAAUUAUUGAUUUGAUUUUGACGAAAAUCGGUGAAAAAACAGCCUAUGAAUGGGAAAUCAAAUUGACCGAUAAUAAAAUGCCGCAUUAUGAUCACUUGCUCAAUUAUUUGGAAAAACGCGCAAACUCCAUGCAUCUUGCAGGCAAAUUGGAAGCCGGUGAAAACUCUAAGUCACACUCUCACCGCAAGGACAGCCGCUUCACCGAGCAAAAACGAAGUGCACUGGUUGUUACCAAUGAAAAUAAGCAACAGUGCCGCUGUUGUGAUAAGGAAUUUCACCCCCUUUAUCUUUGUCCACGCUUCAAAAAACUUGGGACACCUGAUCGAAGAGAUUACGCCAAGAAGCUUGGCGCGUGCUUCAACUGUUUGAAAUACAAGGUAGGCAACAAGGAAAGCCACUUGGUAGGCCAAUGUCCGAUAAAAAAUAGUACUUGCCGAAAUUGCACCGGUACUCAUCAUACUUCGCUCUGCUUAUCCACGAAAAAUCUUUCGUCCGAAAAGACACAGCAAAAUCACUCAGAUCACAGCCAAGAUGGGCGGGAGGGGAGCGCACAUGUUUCCGGCUCCGCACCCCAAAUAUCGCUGGUGGCGACCGACGUUGACCACUCCUCAAAAGAUUCCGUUCCCACGGUGCUCCUCGGUUCAGCACUGAUCGAAAUCUUAGGCAGGGAUGGUCAGUAUCAUAAAAUUCACAGCGUGGUUGACAGCGCUGCGUCAUCAUCGUUCAUCUCACAUGCAGCAGCGCAGAGGGUUGGUCUCAAAUACCGACGCACAUAUGAACCUGUCUCAGGAAUUGGGGGAGGCGAGACUGGGGUAAGAGGUCAACUCACUUGCUACAUUCGCUCCCGCUUCAACCCUGAGCCAGUGUUGCCAACGGAUACGAUGGUCAUCAAGAAAAUAGUUGAUUUACCGAAGGCCUACAUCACUGAGCAUGUACGGCAACAUUUCGCACACUUACCACUGGCAGAUCCUCACUUCGGCACUGCACGCGAAGUUGAGUUUCUGAUUGGCGCCGACAUUUUCCCAUUCAUUUUCACUGGGGAAAAGAAAAUGGGACCUUCCGGGACUUUAAGCGCUCUCAACAGCAUUUUCGGCUACGUCAUUAUCGGUAGGCUUGGCAACCGCGCUCACGGUCACCCGGGUCAAGUGGCACUAAUUACCACGCCCGGCUCCGGUGAGUCUGCUAACACCGACACCCUCCUUCGAAAAUUCUGGGAAAUCGAGGAGACCCCGACCAAGGUGCCUGCGCACCCGGAUGACGUCAUCGCCGAGACAAUGUUCAAGGAACAACAUUACCGUUUGCCAAGUGGCCGUUAUGUUGUACCCAUUUUAUUGCGAGAGUGCGCUCCGCCACUGGGCGACUCAAAAACACUUGCACUUCAGCGGCUCCACUCAAUGGAACGCCGACUUGAAAAAUCAUCGGUGUUAAGCACAAGGUAUGCCGAUUUUUUGGAUGAAUAUGAAUCACUUACGCACAUGGAGCCCGUUGCCUUGGAAAAUCAUGGAAAGGCGGCCUAUUAUAUACCUCAUCAUGCAGUCUUUCGCGAGGACAGCACCACGACCAAACUGCGCGUUGUUUUUGAUGCGUCUCAAAAAUCUCGUUCCGGCAUAUCGCUAAACGACAUUUUAUACUCAGGGCCGAAACUACAAAAUGAUGUAUUUGAUGCCAUUACAAGGUUCAGGCUGCAUCAAAAGGUGUUUACCUGCGACAUUUCUAAAAUGUUCCGACAGAUCCUGAUCAGACCUGAUCAGCGCAAAUAUCAACACAUAUUCUGGCGUCGAAACGGACAAGUUUUAGAAUUCGUUUUGAAUACCGUGACUUACGGUCUCACAUCCUCGCCGUUUCUCUCACAGCGUGUGCUAGUACAGUUGACAAUCGACGAGGGUGUAAACUUCCCCUUGGCUUCAAGGGUUCUUUGCAGGGAUAUUUUUGUCGACGAUCUAGCAACGGGCGCACCCGACGCGAAACUCCUGCUCGAGCUGCAACAUCAGAUUAUUGGGCUCCUGAGAGCAGGCUGUUUUGAGCCCCAAAAAUGGGCAUCCAACUGCCCCGAAAUCUUGAAAAAUGUGCCACCGGAACACUGCGUCACUUCAUUGGACCUAACUGAUAUUUCAGCGGCCAUUUCAAAAAUUCUCGGCAUUCACUGGAAUGCAAAAUUGGACUUUUUCUACUAUGUGGUGAAAACUUCAACACAUAUCAUUACAAAACGGAAUAUUUUGUCACAUGUUGCUAGAAUAUUCGACCCUGUUGGGUUAAUUUCGCCAGUUGUUUUUAAGGCGAAGAGCAUCAUGCAAAAACUUUGGAUAGAGGGCCUGGCAUGGGACGACCCACUGCCACAGGUUUUGGAGGCGGAGUGGUUGGAGUUUUACAAGGGACUGCCGUCAAUCGGCCUACUUCAAAUUGAGAGGUGCGUCACCUUGCCUGACGCUACUUCGCACGCCCUUGUUGGCUUUUCAGACGCCUCACAACUUGGCUACGCUGCGGCCGUCUACUUGAGGUCUCAGUCUGACAAUGCAGCCAAGGUGUCUCUGAUUGGCGCCAAAACACGAGUUGCUCCGUAA